UUAGGAACCACCUCACAAUCAUACAACGAUAAAAACAGUUAUAACCACACGUAGAAUAGUAAUACACAAAAUCCAUAAACAUAAAUUCCUCUAAAAGACCCUUUCUACCUGUACACCAUAAAGAACCUACUGAUUCUGCGCAAAUCUCUCCGUUUCCUUUGUAAUUCAUAACCUAGUUCGCCAUCGGAAUUGCAUCAAAUAUGUAGCCAAAUAAUACGUCUUUGUGAUAAAAAUACAAGCUUUUCGACAAAAAAUACUUACAAAAUGUCGUGUUUAAUUCAGUUAUUUGUGAUUAUUGUAAAAUAACAGUGUAUUUAAUACAAAAAUCCUGUUUUGAGAGGGAAAUUGCAAUGUGUUAAGCUUAGGUGUUUAAAUAUUUAAAAAAAGAAACGUCCCAUUAUUAAGUUUUAAACUUUUUUUUAAUAAAACAAGGUGUUUAAUUAUGUCUAGUUGUGAAACGUAAACAUUGGUGUUUUAAUAGGGUCAUUGUUCUCGCUGUUUGGUUGUAAAUAUCGAUUUUAUAGAAAUGGCGCGCAUUUCAAAUGUUUUUGUAACUCUUCGAAAGUAAUAAAAAAAUUCAAGUGUCAAUCAAUUCGAUUUUGAAUGUGUUACUCAAUCAUUUAAUUAGAUUUAAAUGAUGCAUUAAAAAGUAAUAUUAUUAAAAAAAUUGUUAUCGAUAUUUAAAAUUCGAUUGGUAAACUAUCGAUAUGCAAUCUAGUGAUGUCAUGCAAGUGCUACAGUAUCAAGUAUCGACACCGCAAUCGACUAUCGCAGCGGACGUGGGACAACACUAUGUACCGCCACCACCGUAUUUUGCUUCUGUCGGCUGCAGCGGCAACGAGACCUCAUGCCGUCGCCGCAAAUACGCGUGGUGGUGCUGCGGCUGCGGAGCCCUAUCCGCAGCCCUGGGGGGCCUGCUCGCCGCACAGCACAUCCUGCUGCGUGCGUACACCGCCUCACCGCACCAUCUGGAAACCGUGCCCGCUGCCGUGCCGGCUGCUAUGUUGGUUCUGACAGGGGUGUGCAUCAUGAGUCUCGCGCGCCGCCGCAACCGAUACAGCUAUAUGGUAAGAAAAAUAAAAGUAGUUGGAGCCUGCUGCCUCGUAUGUGCUUUGACCUGUGUCCUAGUAACUAUUACUACCACUGUGAUACACAUGAAUAAACUUCAAACGUUAAAAUUCUGCGACUACACGAAGCUGACAAGGACCUGCACCUGUUACUCCAUGCCUACUGACUCCCAGCACAGCGGGUCUGACGACGAAGGAGUCCGCUGCGCGUUCGAGGGAGUCACAGACUGCGGCGUGGUGCACGGAGCCCUGUACUGGUGCCUUCGAGGGGUCUUUGCCCUCUCGGUCAGCGCGGUGCUGGUCUGCAUCUUCAGCUGUAUGCUGGCUUAUCAGUUACUAAGUCAUGAACGUAAGAAGAUGUACUGGGAACAGCUGGAGCUACGUUGCAGGUCUCUGUAUCGUCCACCGAGCGGACAGCCCGCUGCUACUGGCAGACCUGUGCAGACUAACUGCAGUUGCUGCGCGCAGUGUCACACUACACAGCCUGCGUGGGACUUCAGUCUCCAACACAGAUUUUGGGCACCCGGUCGUAUUGGAAACCUAUAUUCUCCAAAUCCUGGCACGGGCAGAAAAACUUCUCCAUGGAGUUGGUUUCCUUGGCCCAGGGGAAAUAGUCAGAAUUCCCGAUGUAGAAUGAGCGGCGUGCCACAAUCAGGGGACAGUGCUUACGGCUUUUGCGAAAAUGAACCCAAUCAAAAUCCGUCACAGCAAUACGAAGAACGCACUUACCCAGCCAAUUUCAACCAAUUUCGCGGCCAAAACCCGCAAAACUUUACCCAAAAUCCAGCAAAUUUUACCCAAAACCCAGCGAAUUUCACUCCAGCAAAUAUGAAUUUUCAACAAUCAUCGGCGAAUUUUGUGCAAAAUCCGGGAAGCUUUGGUCCAAGUCAGUUUGGUCAAGGAUCUAGUUUCGGGCAAGGGAGCAGUUUUGCCCAGGCUGGGUAUCAGGAAGGGUUUGGUGAAGCGAGUGGGAGUUUCGAUGCACAGACUGGGGUGUGGGGACCUCCACCGCCUUACAGUCCUCAAGGAAGAAGUGGCAGCAGACACCACCUUCACCAUCAAGACCCGGCUGCUGCAACGUUAUUACACCACCACCACAUUGACCACCGCAACAUACAUGACCACAUACAACCACACACGUGCACUCGCAACUAUCUGAUACAACCCGAAUUAUCCCGUAUCCCUGACGCGACUCGGAUAAACCCGGAACUUACUCGUAUCAACCCGGAAUUGGCUCGUAUCAAUCCAGAAUUAGCUCGCAUCAACCCAGAACUGACUCGAAUAAAUCCGGAACUAACUCGAAUAAAUUCGGAAAUGACUCGAAUAAAUCCGGAAUUGACUCACAUGUACCCAAACGAUCCGAAUGAAAUCGCCCGGUUGCAGGAAAUGGUUGCAAUGGGUCCGGAAAGGUUUAACACGCUACGGGGUCAUUUGGUCCCGUAUAGGGGGUGUCAGAGAUCCCUAGGAAUGAGUUCGGGCAAUUUGCAUUGUAGGGAAGAGGUUGCGAUUGAAUGCUUGCAUCAGAAGAGUGUUAGCAAAGUUUCAGAUCAGAGCAGUGACUCUUGUCAGAAGCAAGGCAAAGAAAAUUUGGGCUUCCAGAACGAUAAACAUUCUCCUAUACGGUCGUCGAUGCAAGAUUGUCACCGCGGCGCGAACCAGAACGCAGAGUCGGAGGUAUACUUCGCUGAUGUGUCGAGUUGCUGUAACGUGAGUGUCAAGGCUGAUUGCUGCCUAAAUCCGAACGUCUCAGCGCUCGUAGGGACAAUCGAGAACCAUCCAGAAUCCACGUCCGAAUCAGACACGGGAUCAUUCACCUUAACCCGUCAGCAACGUCCGCAGCCGCAAGUUGGCUCGAAACGACGGAACAGACAGACAGACAAACACAAAACACAGGACAAAAGACAGGACUUCAAUAACUCCAUACGACUCACCGAACAACAAAUCGAACACUUGAACAACUCAAUGAGAAUGAGUGAACGGAUGACUGAUAGACUCAGUGAUCGAAUGAGUGACAUUAGAAUGAGUGAUCGGAUCGAUUCUAGAGAUAGAUUAGAACGUAUUGAGUCAAGAGAUCGACUGAAUGGUGAAAGAAUCGAGUCCAGAGAUAGAUUGAACGAUUCCAGAAUUGAAAGAGAAUCGAUAGAUCGUAUAGACACUAGAGUCGAUAGAGUGAAUGACUCGCGAGAUCGUUUGAAUGAAGCGAGAUGCGAUCGAAUGAGUGACAGAGAUAGAUUGAACGAUUCUAGACCCGAUCGGGUUUGUGAAAGGGAACGGGAUCCUAGAAUUGAUCGAAUGAGUGAUCGUGACAGGUUGAACGAUUCCAGAAUCGAACGAAUAAGUGAACGAGAUAGACUUAACGAUUCUAGAGUCGAACGAAUUAGUGAACGUGACAGAGUGAACGAUUCAAGAAUUAUGAGCGAUCGGUUAAACGAUUCUCGUAUUGAACGUAUUGACCAGAGUAGAUUGAGUGAUUCUAGAGUUGAUAGAAUCAGUGACCAGAGUAGAUUGAGUGAUUCUAGAGUUGAUAGAAUCAGUGAUCAGAGUAGAUUGAAUGAUUCUAGGGUUGAUAGAAUCAGUGAUCAGGGCAGAUUGAAUGAUUCUAGGAUCGAUAGAAUCAGUGAUCAGAGUAGAUUGAAUGAUUCUAGAGUCGAUAGAAUCAUUGAUCAGAGUAGAUUGAAUGAUUCUCGUAUCGAUCGAAUUAGUGAACAAAGCAGAUUGAAUGAUUCUAGAAUCGAUCGAAUGAAUGACUCUAGAGUUGAACGUAUAUCCGACCGCUUCGAAGACCGUAGGAUGUCGGAUUUAAACGCGAGCAUAAGAAUCGAGGGUAGUCCUAAAAUGCGGACUCACAUGAGUCCAUUACGUAUGCCUCGAACGAGUCCCAAAAACUUGCCUAAAGAACAUCCGAGACAGUCUAGCUCGGAUUCCAAAGAGUUCUUUGUGGGGCACAAGGACACAGCACAUUCGCCUUUAUCACCUAACACAGAAGAGUCAUUAUUAUCUGACGAUGAUGACAGAAGGCAGGAAAUUGUGUAUUCCAACGAACCAGAGGGUUCCAAAUGCUUGGGACCAGACUCUCAAUAUGAACCGGAAAGAAAAGAUGAGAUUUUGAAAACUAACCACCAUCAUUGUUAUAGCGAUACGAAUACUAUGGACUCUGGGUGGCAGAGUGGGUCGGAAAAACAGGUUACAGAUUAAAAAUGAAAUAAAAAUAAUAUAAAUC